UCUAGGUAUCAAUGGCUCCGAAUCAAACAAGAACAGAGAAAGAACAAGUUGUUUUGAGUAGAGAUGAGGCUGUUUUAGAACAAGAGUUUGAAUCUUUUCAUAGAGAAGUUUAUUCCGUAACCAAGCCAAAGAGAAGAAGUAGAAAGAUAAGCGAACAAUCUGUGAGCCAAGUGUCAACCGAGCAGUUUUUUGAUGAGGAAGUAAAGUACGUAGAAGUUGAAGAAAAGUUGAAGAAACAGCAACAAGAUUACACAAAGGGGGAAUUGACUGAAACCUCGACCAAUAUAUCGAGAACGGGUUCUAACCAACUUGAAAAAUAUGAGAACUGGGAAUAUGAGCAGACCAGUUUCACCUGCGAUUCACCGUUGUUUUCUGAAGACGUGGAAAGCGUUUGUUCAUAUAGUCAUACUAUACGCAAGAACAGACCGAGAAAAGGACAUUCUUCACAAGUGCAAACGAAUGAUGGCGUUGUUGCGUCAAGUCAUCCAAAGAGACGAAAGAGGAGUAAUCAGUUAAAGAAUAGUUUUGGAGUCGAACAAGUUGCCGUUAUGACGCCACCAAAAGGUGUGGAUGAGCUUUUAGAUAAUUUUUUAUUGCUUGAGACUAUGAAGCAACGAGUCAAGCCUGCUAGUCGACCAAUCCACAAGUUACAUGACUGGCAAGUUUCCAAACCAGAGUAUAUGGAGUCUUUGGAUGCAAAAUCGGAAAAUUUAUCGAAACCUUGCUACUCUCGAGAAAGAAUGAUGGCAAGGUUACAAUAUAUGUAUAGCAAAAAUAUUGCUGGACAAUUUGCAUUUGAUAUUUCUGAAGAUUUGCCAACUUUGCGCUACCAGGGCAAAGAUAACAAUUCUUUGAAGCCCACAAGAGCUGUCAAGAAGAAAACAACCCGUCGUUUAAAGCUGCGAUUGUAUUUACCAACAUGACAUUAUGAGACAUAUAGAGCCACAAGUUUUUACAUAUUUUGAAUUCUUGGAUUGCAGUUUUGGUGGAGUACUUUUAUGGAACCAGAAUGUUGUUGUUUUGGAAGAUAAUGCAAAUGGAGAUAAAAAGUAUUUCUAAAAGUCACAUGAAACGUUGUUGGAAUAAAAGUUAUGUUGUUCCUCUUUCA